AUGGAUUUGGCAGUUACUCUCAUUAAGUCUGUGUUGAGAGCUUUCUACCCGACACGCGACAUAUUGGUCAUGGAUGCCUUGAUUAUCCACGAAGCCCCAGGACUAGAGUCACCUUCUGCUACUUACUCUGCUUCUUUGAUUGACCGAACCAGACACACCAGAUCCGAGCUACGCGACGGCAACCCUCGCCCCAGUAACCGCACGUGGUAUUACAUCAACUAUCGACAUACGAUUGAUGCCAUCAAGUGGCGAGUGUACACGAUCGACAAAGAGGUUCAAGGGGCGCCAGUGCCGGCGAACGAGAAGAAGGAAUACUUUUGCGGCUUUUGCAAGGCUGAGUGGACUGCUAUGGAAGUUCUUGACAGUGUCGGACCGAACGGCUUCUUAUGUCAUCGAUGCCACCACACUCUCACCUUUGAGGCAGACCGAACUUCCACCGGGCAUGAGCAGUCCACCAGACUGAACGAUCAAUUCAAAUUCAUAAGUGAGCUUCUACCGAAGAUUGAUGCAGUUCACAUUCCCGAAUGUGACUUUGACCGAGCUUUGGCGAAAGCCCGCCCUGUCAUUCGCGAUGCUACACAUCAACGAGCAGCCACCAUUGCGGUCGAGAGUGGCACGAAUCGCCCUAUGGCCGUCAAAGGGCUCACCAAUACCGGCCCUCAAUCUAUCGCAGUCAAUAUCUCAACGUCAGAUGGCCCAUCCGCUGCAGAGAAGGACGCCGAAAAGUCCCGGAAGGAAAAGAUCGCUAAACAAAAUGCGCUACCCUCGUGGAUGUCGAACAGUACUGUAACUGGCGAAUCCUUCUCCGCCACAAUUACCGACGGUUCGAUUUUGCUCAAACAGGAUGAUGAAGGCAAUUCUGCGUCAACAGACAAGAAUAUGGACACAAACACUUCUGCGAGAAUUGAUGAUAUAUUCGAGAAGCUCAAGGCCGAGCAGGCUGCAGAAAUGGCUAAAGGAGUCGUACAUGGCGGGAACGAGGAAGAAUUUGACUCCGAUGCGGAUGACGGAGACGAAGAUGAAUUCGAGGACGUUCCUGCAACUGGGAAUACAUCCGCUCUAGGCACGCCAAGCACCGCGGCUGUCAAGCGUGAGGUUUCUGCUAUUAUGUCACGAGAUGGGGAGACUGCAGACGACAGAGCUAACAAGAAAGUCAAGGUCGAGCAAGAAAUUAAAAAAGAGCCCGAGGGACCUGGGGGCGAUGAUGACACUGGAGACGAGGAUGAGGAUGUGGAAUUUGAAGAUAUUUGA